AUGUCAGGCAGCGAGGACGCCGAAAAUCCUGUGAACGACGUGGAGACAGGCACCCCAGAGAAUGUGCACGAAGAGGAGAAUGAGACAAAGGAAUUGCAAGAAUCCCAGGAAGUCAGUGCUGAGGCCGGGACGGAGGGUUUGGAGCCGGAGGACAAUGGCCGCGAUGAUGAUGGCGGAUCUGUGAAUGAUUCGAAACAGGACUCGGUGACCGAAUCUCACGACGAGUUCAUCGAUGCUUCGGGCGUCGCUCUUUCGAGCAAUGAAGCCAAAGAUACCGAUGCUGAGCCGGAAUUCGCUCCUAUUCCAGAUAAAGAACACGAGCCGGAGGAGCACCUGUCUUCCCCGAUUGAAAACGACCAAUCUAGUCUCUCCACAGGCAAAUCUGCCACAAUCGAAAAAACGGAUAGCUCAGUUAAAGUCGAUCCACAAAGUUCCGCCUUGAAUCCAGAAGCCGACAGCUUAUCCUCGGAGGUUCCAACGGAGGAGCCUGCUGCUGAGAAUAAAUCAACUGGCCCAGAAAUCCCUCCUCGCGAGCUUCCGGAACCUGCGCAUCGCGACGAAGAGCCGGUUGUGAUACCUUCUGACGACAAUAUUCCACAAGAACAUAACGGCGAGGAAAGACAGAACUUGGAUUAUUCAAUGAAGAGGCCUGUCAAGACGUUGCGGAAAUGGUUUGCGUUUAACAUGAAGGGCUCGGAGGAGUCCAACGGCACCUUUAACGAAGUCAUGAGCGAGCUUGCCGGCCCACAGAAUCAAAGUUUGGCAUUUUCACGGUACUGGGAGAACGUUGAAGAUCUCAAUUCUCAGUCUACUAAAGACCGCGAGCUGCUGAGUCAAGGUGCGAACGGAAUAAAGAGGACUUUUAAUGAAAUCAAGACGGGAAUUGAGUACACGAACGACGACGAGCUGGUCAAGAGAAUAGACUGGGAAUUUUGGUCUGAAGUGAUCAAUGACUACAGUUCGGUUCUCGAAAACAGAUCAGAGGAGCUAAUUGCCAAUAUCACGAAGGGAAUACCGCGCGAGCUCCGCGGACUCGUGUGGCAGGUGAUCUGUAAUUCCAAGUCUAUGGAGCUGGAGGAAUCCUUCCGUGCUAACCGCAACUGUGAGAGCCAAUACCAAAAACUGAUCAAAAGAGAUCUUGCAAGAACGAGUUUUGUGACUAAUAGCGCUGUCAGAACAAAGAUCGUUGACCUGUACGAGAUCAUCAAGGUCUACAGCAUAUAUGAUAAGGAGGUUGGCUACACUCAGGGAAUGGCAUUCAUUACUGUUCCCUUGCUGAUGAAUAUGGAAGCCAGCGAGGCAUUCUGCAUGCUGGUGAAACUCAUGAACACGUACGACUUCAAGCAGCUGUUUGUGCCUCAAAUGCCCGGGCUUCACUUGAAACUGUACCAAUUUGACAGACUCAUGGAAGACAACCUGCCCGAGCUGUACUUGCAUUUGAAACGAGAAGGUGUGCGGUCCUCGAUGUAUGCUACCCAAUGGUUUUUGACCGUUUUUGGCUACAAGUUCCCACUGGAAAUGGUGUUGCGCAUAUAUGAUAUUGUUAUUGCCGAAGGCAUUGAGUCUCUUCUCAAGUUUGCUCUCAACCUGAUGAUGAAAAACCAGAAACAGCUCUUGGAACUGAGUUUCGAUGACUUGCUACCAUUUUUGAAAGACAAAUUAUUUUUCUAUUACGUUGACAAUAGCGGUGAUGAUAGCGCACCAAGAACACUGGCAGACGGGUACUCAAACAGGGAAAUCUCUAUUGAUACGUACAGACUCGAGGACUUUGUGGCCGAUUCAAUGGCCAUUGAUAUUCUCCCUGUGAACCUGAAACGGUAUGAGGCCGAGUUUGCCGAAAUCCACAAGCUUGAAGGAGAGAUGGAGACCGAAAUUUCGCAGCUCAAGACAAGAAAUGGCCAGCUUUUGCGAGACAUAAGGCAUAUUGAGGCAGAAUACGCUACACUUAAUCGGGAGCACGUAGAAAUCGCUAACGAAAUGGUACAAGGGAAAAUGGAGAUUGCUCAGUUGCAGGACGAGAAUAGGCAACUUCAGGAACAAAUUGACGAGCUUACAGAGAGGCUUCGAAGGCUGGAGACCCAAAGCGACACCAAUGUCGACUUUACCGGCGAGAUUUCCAACAGCAUGAAUAUGGAAAUUCAAAAGACCAUGGAAAGAAAUCUCCAGGUUAUGGAGGAAAAUCGGAUGUUGGAGGAACAGCUUGCGUCGGUAACGCAAGAGCUCGCGGACACAAAGGCCGAGAUCAGCGAAGCGAAGGGCAAGUGGUUCAAGAAGGGUGGCUUUUGGUAA